UAUUCCCCAAAAAAAUGCACAACCUCCAGUUUCCGAAUCCAAUACAUUUCCUUUUUCUCUCUUCAUGUGUUCAUUAAAACGCAGUUACUCACUCGCCGCUUUCCCGAAUGGCUCUCCUCACUUUCCCGCACUUUCCUUCCCAUUUUCCCUCUCUUUCCCGCUUCCCUAAUAACCGCUUCUCUCCAACUCGCCGUUAUUGCCCAACCGCAACAUCAUCCGGCACCGCCAUUCUCUGGUUCAAACACGAUCUCCGAACAGAUGAUCACCCUGGACUCCUCGCAGCUUCCGAUUUCCGAUCCCUAGUUCCUAUUUAUGUCUUCGAUCACCGCAUUUUAUCACGUUUUUCCGAUGAAAUGUUGGAACUGGUUCUGUUUGGUUUGCAAGAUUUGAAAAAGUCGUUGCAGGAACGCGGUUCUAAUCUCAUGAUUAGGUUCGGCAAUGCUGAGAGUGUGAUAGAGCAACUUGCUACAGAGGUCAAAGCCACUUGUGUAUUUGCGGAACAAGAGGUGGAGUAUGAACUACGCUUCAUCAUGGAUGUUGUCAACCAGCAUUUGAAAUUGAUCGAGGUUCCACAAGGAACUCCAAGAAUUGAAUUGUGGAAGACUCCAUUUUAUGAUGUAAAGGUGCUGCAAAAUCUUGCUGCAUCUUAUGAUGAAUUUGAGAAACUUCAGCUCCAAGUGACUACACCACUUCAGCUUUCAACAUUACCUGGUGCAGAAAUGGAACUAGAUUGGGGUGAUCUUCCUGUGUAUGAUGAUAUAAAGGGAUUUAUGGCUAGCAACCGAUGGAAAUCAGGAAAUGAUUGGAAUUUGAUCAAGGAGACGUCAGCUGAAACCUUCUUAGGAAGAGUUAUGUUGAAGUCUAGGGAGAGCAGGGAGAGAAGUUAUAGCUUUAGACAGAUACCAUCAAGGGAACCAAAUAAAUCUGUGUUUGUUACACAAAAAGGAAAUGUUGUAGGAGGUGGAACAUAUAAUGUACUGAAUGCAUUGGCUGCAUAUUUGAGGUACCUGGAGGGAACGGCUCGUGAUGAUUGGCAAGAGGUACAUGAAAGACUGCGUGCUUCAGAAAGUCGAAAUGGAGCAUCAUUUAUCUCAUUAUUUGGUCCUGCCCUAUCUCUGGGCAUUAUAUCUAGAAGAAGAGUACACUAUGAAGCUAUCAAAUAUGAGAAAGAACGAAAUGGAGGAUUCUUAUCUCCCUUUGGAUAUUCAGCUGCCACCAUUGCAGCAGCUGUUGAGGCCGUGUGUUCAAAGGAGUGGUAUUGGCUUUUGGCUUUGAGAAAUCAGAUAAAUAAUGGUGGAAUAGAGUCAACACGGAUUUGGAAAUGGAAUGGUUUUUUCAUUCAGUAUACAGUUGCUGGUGAAGAUGGUCCCGCUGUUCUUCUUGUGCAUGGUUUUGGUGCCUUUGCGGAGCAUUACCGUGACAAUAUACACAGCUUAGCCAGAGCUGGAAAUCGAGUUUGGGCUAUUACAUUGUUAGGAUUUGGCAAAUCAGAAAAGCCAAAUGUUGUAUAUACUGAGCUCUUGUGGGCUGAACUAUUGAGAGAUUUUAUUGUUGAUGUUGUGGGGGAACCAGUCCACCUUGUUGGCAACUCAAUUGGUGGUUAUAUUGUUGCUAUUGUUGCUCGAGUUUGGAGUGUUUUGGUCAAAUCCAUUGUCUUGAUCAACAGUGCUGGCAAUAUUAUCCCAAGAAAUACAUCCAAACCAUUGUCUAUGCCAAGUGAUAGACAAACGUCAGGGGCUACAUGGUUGGGUUCUCGCAUUCUUCUAUAUUUCUUGAGGCUAAAAAUUAAAGAAAUUGUUAAGAAAUGUUAUCCAGUGAAGGGUGAAAGGGCAGAUGAUUGGCUCAUAAAUGAAAUGCUUAGAGCAUCUUCUGAUCCUGGUGUGCUUGUUGUUCUGGAAAGCAUCUUUAGUUUUAAUCUUUCUAUACCUCUUAACUAUCUUGUUGAAGAUGUCAAGGAAAAGGUUCUAAUUAUACAGGGAAUGAAAGAUCCAAUCUCUGACUCCAAUGCCACGGUGUCUAUGCUUAAAGAGCAUUGUGAUUGUGUUUUAAUUAAGGAAUUAGAUGCUGGCCAUUGUCCCCAUGAUGAGGUGCCAGAACAAGUGAAUACUAUCAUUUGUGAUUGGAUACAUAGGGUGGAAAGUAACAUUUUAGCAGGGUUCCCAGUGUAAAAUUUUGGUAUCCGACAACUUUACAUAAUGAUUAUUAUUAUAGCAGCAGGGUAAAUUAAUUAUCUAGAGUCUAUAUUGGAAAUUAAAACAUAAGUGAUGGAAAAUUAAACACAUAUUAAUACUUCACUUUUCAAGUAGCGGGUUAAUUGUACAACAAGAAGAUUAAAUUCAAUGUAUCUUAGGAAAUAAUGUUAGCUUUAUUACUUUCUUGUAAAUUGCAUUUUGAUCAUUUAUUAUCAUUGUAAUUACAUUGUUUAUAAAUUAAGCAUGUUGCUGAGUGCAAAGUAACUCAAACACAUUUAGAAAA